GGGUGUGGGGGUGUGGGUGGGGGUGCGGGUGUGGGUGUGGGUGUGGGUGUGGGUGUGGGUGUGUGUGUGGGUGUGGGUGUGGGUGUGGGUGUGGGUGUGGGUGUGGGUGUGGGUAUGAGUGUGGGUGUGGGUGUGGGUGUGGGUGUGGGUAUGGAUGAGGGUGUGGACGAAUAGAAGACCUAUAUCCACACCCCACCUACGCCUACACCCAUACCUACCCACACCCACACCCAUACCCACACCCACACCCACCCCCACCCACACCCACACCCACACCCUUGUUGUAAUUUUCACAACUAAGAUAUUUAUUUUCUAUAUUAUUAGAACAAUACUAACCAGACAUCUUUACUCAGGAAAAUAACGAUUUCAUCAUACAUAAACUCUAAAAUUAAAGUUUACUACUGUAAUAAAUGUUUUACUUUUAGAAUUUAUGUUGAAUCGAAUGAUCAAAUUUUAAAUAAUAUGAAAAUGAACCAAAAAAACUGUCAUAACUAUUUAUCAAUGAUUUUUAAAAUCACUUAUUUUCAAAAAUACAUGAAAAAUAUAUAUAACAUUAACACAUCAUAUAAUAAAAAUGUUUCUUAUUAUCAGCUAAACCAGAAACUUUAUCAUCAAAAAAAAUAGCUUUUUUCAUAUUUUAAAACGAAAAUUCAAUUAUGUUUGUAUUAUGUAAUAUGCCACGCAUUUCAAAUAUAAUUUAUUUCUUUCAAAGACCUUAUUGUAAACAAUUCAUUCUUAUGCAAAAAUAUAAGCAUAUCUUUGACAUCAGUCCCUCAGUCUAGGGCCCAGUGAAUCGACUUUCAAUGUCGAUGAACCUUAGUUGUAUAUUUUUGAAUAUAGAAGAUGAUCAGUAUUUAACAGGUCCAUUACCAUUAACAUCAAAAUCAGAAUUAAUUUGGAUGAGAUUUCUUUCAAUUUUUUUAAUCUUCUUCUAUUUGAAGUUUUUCUGAUAGUGGAAAAGUUUUUACUUGGAAAAAUUUGAUCAUUUAAGUACGCUUAGAUGUAUCACAGAAAAUCAAUUGAAACCAAUAUUAGUUUCAAUUUCAAAUCUUAAAGAAGAAGUUUAUUUGAUUGAAUAGAUAAAAAAAAACGAAGUCCAUUAUUUUUUCUUUCAUUAGAAUGAAAAAAAAUAAUAUAACAAAUUAUUGGUUAUUAGGAAUAAAUGAUUUUAAUGGAAAAUUUCAGUUAUGUGUUGUUGAACUUCGUGGUCAAUUCUAUCCGAAUCUUGGUGAUGAUGGAGACGAAGCAUAUUGA